UGUCUCUGCUAAUGGGAGUGCCUGCUCCUCUGAGUCUCCUUCAUCCACUCUCAGCCCUAACUGCUGUGGGUUAUUGUGAGGGUCUGAAACUCACCUACAGUUGGGGUAGACACACAGGCCUUAUGGAAAGCACUGGGUUACUAGAGUCUCUCCUGGUGGGAAAGAAAAAACUGCUCAAACACAGUUUUUGUUUCAGUAACUUCCUCUGAGGCAAAGCCAAGACUACAAAGUGAGCACCUGCUCGGGUGGGACAUGGCUCUACUAGAGUUGCUUCCACCAAGUUUAGAGCUAACAAUAGUAACGGGAAAGUUCCCAGGGCAACCCAGACCACUUCCAACAUCUCCAUGCCAGGCUUCCUGGGGUCCCCCUGUCCUUUGGGGAACCUGACACUUAUGCCUGAAUUGGCUCCCUCUUGCAGGUGUCUCCAUACUGCAGGCGGGGUCCUCGGGAAGGGCCCUCUUCCUGGGGCUUGGUUUCACGUGCAUUGUGUCAUGUGGCAGACCAGCUGGUUUCAGUCUUGAACCAGGUCUUCUGACUCCUCCCAGAAACCAACCAACUUGUGAGCAGGAAAUCCUGCCCCUCCCCAAAGAGUGGGAAACCACAGAGGAAGAGAGAUGACACAGAAGGAUAGAGAGGAGAAGGAGAGAGAGGAGCAAAGUGAAAUAGGCAGCCAAUAAAAAGGAGCCACAUUUAUCUGAAGCCUCAAGGCUGCCAGGGACGAAUGGGAUCCCACCCAAAGCCAAUCGCCGCUCUGACAGGGAAGUUGGCUAGUGCUGCCUGAGACUACUCCAGCCUCCCCCGUCCUUGAUGUCACAAUUCAGAGGCUGCUGCCUGCCUGGGAAGUUGUUGAAAGCUCUGCAGGUUUUCUCUGUUGGACAUACAGGACCCUGUCUGAUGGCAUUUGUGAAAAAAUACCUCCUCCCCAUUCUGGUGCUCUUCUUGGCCUACUACUAUUCUACAAAAGAAGAGUUCAGACCAGAAAUGCUCCAAGGGAAGAAAGUGAUUGUCACGGGGGCCAGCAAAGGGAUCGGAAGAGAAAUGGCAUAUCAUCUGUCAGAAAUGGGAGCCCAUGUGGUAUUGACUGCAAGAUCAGAGGAAGGUCUCCAGAAGGUGGUAUCCCGCUGCCUUGAACUCGGAGCAGCCUCUGCUCACUACAUUGCUGGCACCAUGGAAGAUAUGACGUUUGCGGAGCAAUUUGUUCUUAAAGCAGGAAAGCUCAUGGGCGGACUGGACAUGCUCAUUCUCAACCACAUCACUUACACCAAUAUGGGUUUCUUCCAAGAUGAUAUCCAUGCUGUGCGCAAAGCCAUGGAGGUCAACUUCAUCAGCUAUGUGGUCAUGAGCGUGGCUGCCUUACCCAUGCUGAAGCAGAGUAACGGCAGCAUUGUUGUCAUCUCCUCCAUGGCUGGGAAAAUGGCCCAUCCCCUGGUUGCUCCCUACUCUGCAAGCAAGUUUGCUCUGGACGGGUUCUUCUCUUCCAUUAGAAAAGAGCACGCAGUAAACAAGGUCAACGUGUCCAUCACUCUCUGUGUUCUUGGCCUCAUAAACACAGAAACAGCCAUGAAGGCGACCUCUGGGGUACUCACUUCACAAGCCUCUCCCAAGGAGGAAUGCGCCCUGGAGAUCAUCAAAGGUGCUGCUCUGAGAAAAGAUGAGGUGUACUACGACAGCUGGAGCUGGACCCCUAUCCUCCUGGGGAACCCAGGCAGGAAGAUCAUGGAAUUUCUUGCAGUAAAGAGCUUAACGUUUGACAAGUUUGUCAGCAGCUAGGAAUUCCUGAGGCCUAGUGAGAGGUCUUAGAACAGCUCUGCCUCAUAUCUCUGUGAGCCCUAUCCACAAAAGCCUAUUCCCAGAGAUGCACAAAAUCGUGAGAAAGACCCUCUGACACUUGCACAGUGAAAAUGUAAUUAUCAUAGAUGUCAGGAACCAUUUUGCAGCCUGCAGCUGUGAACUUGGUAGCAAGCAUGUAAAUGCCAGGGAGUUGUGUCAACUUUCCCUCAUACAGAAUGAUACAAUUGUGCCUAAUGCAACAUUAGAUAUAAUAAAGGUAAUGUCAUCUUCAUAAAUGCAAAACUGGUAACUAUAAAUUGAGCUCACACAACACCUUCCCUUAAAACCGUAAUCUAAACAAAUGAAAAUUUCCCAUGUUCAUUUCCUGUUAUGUGGCCUGGAUUCUUUAUCCGAGUGAGAGAAAUCACACCCUUUGUUUGGCAAGCAUCCUGCCUCUACUGCUCUGUGUGUUUUAGACGUUCCUCAUGCAUCCAUAUUGCUCAUUUGGGCACGAACCACUGAGGUGACUAAGAGAAUUGGAGCUCAUGGAAAAUAUGAGUCUCAGGCUUAGCCUGCUCUGUGCUGCUGCUUAACCUAACAGCUCCUAGAGUUUACUGGGCAUCUGUGUCCAGCAUGGAAUGCUUUAGUGACUAUCAGAAGUGUGGGGAGGAGGAGCUGUGGUGAUAUGUUAUUUAUGAUCUAAUAAAGCUUGCCUGAGGGUUCAAGAUGCAAAGCCAGCCACACUCAUUAGCUAUAGAAGCUAGUUGGUGGUGGCAGGAAUAAGAGGUAGAUGGAUCUCUGUGAGUUCAAGGCCACGCUGACUACACGAGAUUGAUUCAGUCCUAAAAGAAACAGCUCACACAAAGGUGAUCUCAGCACCUGGGAUCACAGGCCUUGAAUCCCAGCACUAGAGAGGUAUAAGAGA